UGAUAUGUCGCAUGUUGAUUGUUGCUCGCGGCACGUUGCGAAACAAGUAUUUGUAUUAAGAGUUAAAAAUAAAAUUGCACCAAUAGUAUCUGCUUAAUUACAAAAAAUGGCAGAUGAUGAUUUCGAUGGAGACGAGGUAGCAGAUGAUUUUGACGAUGUUGACGAUGAUGAUAAUAUUGAACUGGAACCUCAGGAAGAAGAUGGAGAAAAUAUAGAAUUGUUAGCAGCUGGUGAAGCUACCGGGGGAGUACAAAGAUCUAAAAGAAUUACAACAAGAUAUAUGACAAAGUAUGAAAGAGCAAGAGUAUUAGGGACCAGAGCGUUACAAAUAGCUAUGUGUGCUCCAGUGAUGGUGGAAUUGGAGGGAGAAACAGAUCCACUGCAAAUUGCAAUGAAAGAAUUAAAACAGAGAAAAAUUCCAAUCAUAAUUCGGCGUUACUUACCUGAUAACAGCUAUGAAGAUUGGGGCAUAGAUGAAUUAAUUAUAAUAGACCAUUAA